CUUUAAACGACCCACACCUCGCCUUGCCUCCCCCCUCCCGGCGGUUCCACCGUCGUAAUAAUAUAAAUCUCGACGUACGCAUUCCCCGUGCCCGCCCGCCUUCGGUUCCCUUCGCCGGAUCCCAGGGAACGCGACACCCCCCCCCCCCUCCCCCCGCCCCCCCCGUACCCCGCGACCCCGAGUCCCCUCGCCCCCUGGCUCCCUAGGUUUCCGGCGGGCCCCCAAUGCGUCGGAGCUGAGUCCGAGAUCCGGAUCGUCGCCGAGAUCGAGAUCAUCGGAAGCGGAUGGGGAACACCUGCGUCGGCCCGAGCAGUGCCGGGCGGCACGGAUUCUUCCAAUCCGUCUCCGCCGCUCUCUGGCGCGCCCGCCCGCCGGAGGGCCCCGAGGCCCUCCCAGCUCCCGCCUCCGACGGCACCGCCACCGCGGCCGCCGAUCCGGCCCCGGACAAGCCGCCGGAGCCCGUCAAGAUCCCCGACGAGGACCUUAAGAAGCCGCCGCCGCCGGCUCCAGCGCCGUCCCGCACCUCGGAAGAGCUUCCUCCCCAAUCCUCGCCCCCCAAGAAGCCCACCCACAUCAGGCAGGUCUCCAGCGUCGGCCUCCAGAUCGACUCCGUCCUCCAGCGCCGGACCGAGAAGCUCAAGGACCUCUACAGCCUCGGUCGGAAGCUUGGCCAGGGGCAGUUCGGCACCACCUACCUCUGCGUUGAGAAGGCCACCGGAAAGGAGUACGCUUGCAAGUCCAUCGCCAAGAGGAAGCUCGUGACCGAGGAGGAUGUCGACGACGUGAGGAGGGAGAUUCAGAUCAUGCACCACCUCACCGGCCACCCCAAUGUGAUCUCGAUUGUGGGGGCCUAUGAGGACGCUGUGGCCGUGCACCUCGUGAUGGAGCUUUGUGCUGGAGGAGAGCUCUUUGAUCGGAUCAUUCAGAGGGGGCACUAUUCGGAGAAGGCGGCUGCUGAACUCGCGAGGGUGAUCGUUGGUGUCGUGGAGGCAUGCCAUUCAUUAGGGGUCAUGCACCGGGAUCUCAAGCCCGAGAACUUUCUUUUCGCCAAUCAGAAAGAGGAGUCUCCACUUAAGACGAUCGACUUUGGGCUGUCCAUUUUCUUUAAGCCAGGGGAUACAUUUACAGAUGUUGUUGGAAGUCCAUACUAUGUUGCUCCAGAAGUUCUGCUGAAACAUUAUGGUCCUGAGGCAGAUGUUUGGAGUGCAGGAGUAAUUAUAUAUAUCUUAUUGAGUGGGGUUCCUCCAUUUUGGGAUGAAUCAGAGCAAGGGAUAUUUGAACAAGUUUUAAAAGGUGAUCUUGACUUUUCCUCAGACCCUUGGCCCAGCAUCUCAGAGAGUGCAAAAGAUUUGGUUAGGAGAAUGCUUGUGAGAGAUCCCAAAAAGCGAUUGACUGCUCAUGAAGUUUUAUGCCACCCUUGGGUCCAGGUUGAUGGUGUAGCUCCUGAUAGGCCUCUUGAUUCUGCGGUCCUAACUCGAUUGAAGCAAUUUUCUGCAAUGAACAAGCUAAAGAAAAUGGCCCUUAGGGUCAUUGCUGAGAGCAUGUCUGAAGACGAAAUUGCAGGCCUCAAAGAAAUGUUCAAGAUGAUAGACACAGAUAAUAGUGGUCAAAUCACAUAUGAGGAACUCAAGGCUGGUUUGCAAAGAGUUGGUGCGAAUCUCAAGGAGUCUGAAAUUUUAGCUCUGAUGGAAGCGGCAGAUAUUGACAACAGUGGAACUAUUGAUUAUGGGGAAUUUAUAGCUGCAACCCUGCAUCUAAACAAGAUCGAGAGAGAGGAUAAACUUUUUGCAGCUUUCUCAUAUUUUGACAAAGAUGGGAGUGGUUACAUUACUCAAGAUGAACUCCAAAAAGCCUGCGAGGAGUUCGGCAUAGGAGAUGUCCGUCUUGAAGAUGUUAUUCGAGAAAUAGAUCAGGAUAAUGAUGGACGGAUUGACUAUAAUGAGUUUGUGGAAAUGAUGCACAAAGGAAAUGCUGGUUUUGGAAAGAAGGGUGUGCAAAAUAAUUUAAGCUUUGGUCUUAGGGAGGCACUGAAGCUUGGCUAAAAGUGAUUAGGUGUAAAUAUUUAAUUGUUGGAGAAGAGUGGUUUUCACAUAACAUGAGCAGAUUUGCCAGCAAGUGAAGAACACAUCUCAUGUUGUUCUUUUUCAGCAAAUAUGCACCUAAUAGAUAUUUAUUUUUCAACCAGGGCUCAUGUGCGGUAUGAUGUUGUCAACAUUUUGAGAUUUCAAUCAGGGACCUUGUGUGGUGGGAUGCUAACACAAAUUGAAGGGGGAACCCACUUGAAAUUGGAAUGCCAAGGCCUAGCCAUCCACCAUGAUUUACAAGUGACCUUAGCAUGCAGAAUGUAAAGAUUAGACGGAUAUGUUAUUAUUUUGACUGCUGUAAAUCCUGGAUCCACUCACAAGAGCCCCCAAUCACAAUGGGACUGAACAUACCUCCAUUCAUUUUUUGUUCAAGAUAGAAUUACUUUGAUAUGCCUAUCCUGAAAUCCCAUCAUUGCACAAUCUUACCUCCAAUGCCCACCAUCCUGGUAGUGCAUUCUCCUUUUGUUUCCAGAUUCCCUCCAGGAUGGAUCCAUUACUGAGCUCCCCACUUUCACUAGCAAAUGACUUCUUUCUAGGCUUUGCUUUCAAAUUUUCAUGUACACGUACGUAAACAUUGUAUUCUGGAGUUGUUGUUUUGAGAAGUGCUUUUGUGCUGAUGAGUCGCAGCGGACAUUGUAAUUUAUGCAAUGAUUAAGAGUAUAUAUACAACUUUCAGAGAGGUUCAAAACUUUCAGGGAAGCACUGAACUAUGUUAUUUUCAUGAUAAUAUUCUUGUUACUGCAUUAA